AUGACAUGGAUGAAAUAUGCAGAAUUAGAAAAUUUAUUGGGCGAUGAUGCUAGAGCUAGAGCAAUAUUUCAAAUUGCUGUACAACAGCCAAUGUUGGAUAUGCCUGAAGUUUUGUGGAAAGCUUAUAUUGACUUUGAAAUUGAACAAGGGGAAAAUGAAAGGGUUAGAAUUUUGUAUGAAAGUUUGUUGAGACGUACACAACAUAUAAAGGUUUGGAUAAGUUGGCUAGAAUGGGAAACAUCAAAUGAAGAAUUCGAUAAAGCUAGAGCUUUGUAUAAACGUGCAAAUCAAGCAUUGGAAGGAUCACCAGCUGAAGAACGUCUUUUACUUUUGGAACAAUGGAAACAAUUUGAACAACAACACGGAACUGAAGAAGAACAAAAAUUUGUUGAAAAAAUGAUACCAAAACGUGUAAAGAAGAGAAGACAAAUAAUUGCUGUGGAUGGGACAGAUGCUGGAUGGGAAGAAUAUUUUGAUUAUAUAUUCCCUCAAGAUCAAGGUUUCUUUAUAGCGAAUAAUAAAUAGGAUUGUCGGUUAGGCACAGUACUGUGAGGGUAUCUGAAAAUUUAGGUUCGAUCCUUAGGUGCUUUCUGUCUUCGUCUGAAAAAGGGAAUUCCAAUUUCUUGACUCAAUUUCAAAAUAGUUUUUGACUUACAAUUUUUUGGUUCAAGCAUUAGAAGGUGUAUCUUAGGUUUAGAGAGAAUAAUAGGAUUGUCGGUAGGAUCAGAACUGAGGGUCAAGAAAUACGAAUUCCCCAUCAAGGUGGGGGACUUGAUGAGAUCUUCAGAUGUUCAGGUCUUCAGAUUUUCGAAGAAUUUCCUAUGCCCGACAUAUCGAAGCUUAUCUAAA